AUGCCGAAAUUAUUGUCGGGAAGUUUAUUCCAUCAUUCAAGUCAUGAUCAUGUCUCGAGUACCAUUACAGCAUCAUCUUUACAACAUAGUGUGGGUGAUGAGGAUACAAUUCAACCGGUAACUGAAAAUUCUCCACCUGCAUUAAAAUCAACAAGAUCUUUUUUAGGGUUUAUUGGUAAAAAUAAUAGCAAUAAAUCAACAGAUUCGUUAAAGAGUCAAGAUCAAUCACAUGUUAAUAAUAUAAGUAACCAUAAUCAUAAGCAUAAUGAUGAUAUCAUUACCCCAAAACCUUCAAAUUCAAUGUUAGAACUGAAAAGGUUCUUUAGACCUCCUAUACAUAAGAAACCACAAAGUAUUCAUCCACAUCCACCAAUUCAACAUACUAGCAACAAUGUUCCAACAUCAAGACAACCAAAUAAAUUGUCUUCAACGAUGAAAGAUACUUUAAAUAACAAUAAGAAAAUUAGAUCUUCUUCACCUGGUGGAGACCCCGGUCAUACACAAUCUGCAAUUCCACCAAGUACAGAUUCUGGUUUAUCAUUAGCAAAUAAUAUUAAUAUUUAUCAUGAUGAUACAAUUUUAGCUCAAAAAUAUGGGAAAUUAGGUAAGACACUUGGUACAGGGGCAGGUGGAUCUGUUAAAAUUUUGGUGCGACCUUCAGAUAAUGCAAUUUUUGCAGUUAAAGAAUUUAGACCAAGAAAGACAAGUGAAUCCAUUAAAGAAUACGCAAAGAAAUGUACAGCAGAAUUUCUUGUUGGAUCAUCAUUACAUCAUUCAAACGUUGUUCAAACAAUGGACGUAUUUAGUGAUUCAAAACAAAAUAAAUAUUUUGAAGUUAUGGAAUACUUACCUGUUGAUUUUUUCGCUGUAGUAAUGACAGGUAAAAUGUCUCGUGGUGAAAUUAAUUGUUGUUUCAAACAAAUUUGUCAUGGUGUUAAAUAUUUACAUUCAAUGGGUUUAGCUCAUAGAGAUUUAAAAUUAGAUAAUUGUUGUAUGAAUGAAUUCGGUAUUUUAAAAUUAAUCGAUUUUGGUUCUGCUGUUAUCUUUAGAUAUCCUUUUGAAAAUAAAAUUAUUAAAUGUCAUGGUAUUGUGGGUAGUGAUCCUUAUUUGGCUCCGGAAGUAUUAAACCAUUCAAUUAAAUAUGAUCCACAAUUUGUCGAUAUUUGGUCCAUCGGUAUAAUAUUUUGUUGUAUGAUGUUAAAACGUUUCCCAUGGAAAGUUCCAAAGGAUUCUGAUGAUAAUUAUAGAUUAUAUAGACUUAAAGAUAAUAUCGAGCAUGAUUAUAUUCAAUCUGCUAAACAUCAUGAAGAAUUAUUAAAACAAAGAAAAGAAAUUAAAAAUCAACAAAAUGGUAUUGCACCAACAUCCUCCUCAUCUAAACCAAAUGAUAACGAUGAAUCCGAAAAACCAAAGGACAAAAAAAGUGACGACGAUAACGAUAAUGAAUCUUCACCCGCUGAUAAUGAUCCUUCACCUAAGAUAGAGAAAUUGCAAAUAGAUGAUACUAUUCACAAUGAUAAAAAAAAAUCAGAUGGUUCACAUCAUAAGAAGACUAUACAAGGACCAUAUCGUUUGUUAAGAUUACUCCCACAUGCAUCCCGUCCUAUAAUCUCUAAGAUCCUGUUAAUAGACCCUCAAGCAAGAGCUACAUUCAAAGAUAUUUAUGACGAUGAAUGGUUCGAUUCAAUCCCAACGUGUACAAUGGACAUCGAUAAAAAGACAGUGCAAAGAGCUCAGGGACAUCAUCAUACUUUGGUACGUGAAGAGGACAAUAAAGUACUUACUUAUAAAGUAUAG